GCUCGUAGCAUCGCUGCCAGGUGAUCAAACUGAAAACGAAAGAUAGGAAAAGCGACAUUUACGAAAGCUUUCAUUUGCAAUUCAAAAGUUUAUCCAGCCAGUCGGCUAUUCCAAAGGUAGCUCGUAGGUAGCUAGGUAGGAAACAGAGGGCAAACAAACAUGAGAGAGUUACUAUCGUGUUCAGUCUGUAGGCGUCGCAAAGUUCGCUGUGAUCGGAAUUUCCCGAGCUGCGACAGAUGCAAUCUCGCCGGAUCGAUUUGCACAUAUCCUGCGCGCCAGCCACGAGGCCCAAACAGGGUUGGGGUUCGGUCGUCAGGGACAUCUGCAAUCGCAACCACCCAGGAAGCCUUGGCUGUGAUUUUAGAACGACUCCAAAGGAUUGAAGCGGGAUCUACUGGAUCUACUGGAUCUCCUGGAAAGCAACCACAAGAUCACCCGGAUGCAGGGCCGUCAUCCAGAUCAACGGCUUCUGAUUCCCCGCGGCAGACACUGGACAGUAGUAACAGGGCCAAUCAUACGCCUCCGGCAACCAGACAUGCCUCGCAACAGCCUCAUCCACCAGACAGUCAUGGUCUGCCCCAGAUCGCAGUCACGCUAAGCACUGCUGUGGCCGAUUGCCAGCGACUCAGGAAGAGACAUGUCAAUAGCCACAGGAUGUUCAUCUCGGGUGAUGCCAUGAUUCCAUUAGAGUUGACCAAAGCCUGGCUUGACAAUUAUUUUCUCAACAUGAGCCACAAGCUCUUCUUUGCCAUCAGGGAUGAGCUGUUUGUCAACAGGCCGCUGCUGCGUAUGAUGCCAGAGCUCACGACUAUGGAGCACGUUCACAUUGAUGCCUCCAUGCUUGUUAUAUACUACUGCAUCCUGCACCAGGGUUCGGUUAUACCCGACACAACGGAACGUGCUGGGUCUCGGCCUACCCAGGAUAUGAUGUCACGCAUCUAUGUGGGUUGCCUUCGCGCUGUAACACUCUGGCAGCGUGAGGCCACCGGCUGCUUGACAGACUUUGUGGCGGCCGUCUUGAUGGCACAAACAGCGGCAGAGAGCUUGGACAUGGAUCUCAGCAGGGAGAUGCACAGCAAGGCCUGCUCCUAUGCCCAGAUUCUGAACCUCCACAGCAUUGACCGCACCGACAGUGGCCCACCUGAAGCAUCGCCGAUUGUCGCAAACGACGACCGUCGCCUGAACAUGUGGAACCUCAUCCAGAUCGAUCUCAUCUACCGCCUCGUCCAGCAGGAGACGUCGGCCCUAUCGUUCGACUUUGCAAAGUGGCACGUCAACCUGCCUUCGCUCACCUUUGACCCGGAAAGCUCCCGCGAAGAAGCCGUGCAUACCAUGACUUUUUUGGCCAGGAGCAGGGUCGCACUGAUACUCAUCGAUUUCUUCCAGAUUGUCGACGAGGUUGGACAAGGCGAUGGAGUUUCGAGUUCGAUAGUGGACCUGUGCGAACAAGUAGAAGACGUGGUCAAAGAAUGGAAGAUUUUGGAAUGGAUGGAAAGCUGUAAACAGGCCGACCUGGAAGCUUAUGCCAUCUUCGAGGCCGCGUUGAUAUGCUACACCUCCAUCCUGUUUAUGCUAAUCCGACAAGCCGACUCCCACAGGGGGAGCACGGAAGCCCAAACGCCAGAACCCGGCGACGUGAUAACCCUGCGUCCCGACCUCUCCCUCCCUGCAGCUCGGAAAGUGAUCGAAAUCAUACAUCAUGUGCUGCAAAUACUGCGGCUGCCCGGAUCAGAGAUAUUGUCGUUUACGUUCUGCUUUUAUCGAGUCGACGUUGCCUAUAGCCACAUUGCCAAUUGUCUGAUAGACAAGCAUCCGGCAGCCAGAGGCGACGAUAUUGAGACUCUCCAGACUUUUGCGGACUGUGUGAGGGACAUUUCGCGACAGGAACGCGAGUUGAUGCCCUUGCUAGGUGCCUUGGAAGCCACGUGUGACCGGAUAGCUAAUGAAUUAUGAUUUUGUCAUUGAGAUAUUUUUCCCUCG